AACCAGACGAUGCAAAAGUCCUGUCUGAUUUGUCUGUUUGUCUUUCUUAUGGUGUGAAAGAUGUUAAUGCGGUUCAAUCUUUGAAAGAUUGUAAUAUGGUAUGAUUUAUAUUUUCUUUAUAUAACUAUAUUAUUUUAUUUUAUUUUUGUCUCCUUUUUGUAGUUGUAAUCUGUUAUUUUUCUUUUUUAUAUAGAUUUUUGCUCCUGUUCUGAUUGAAGAUCCGAAGCAUUACUACCUGUUUGUGGUUAGUAUGAAAGACAAAAGUGUCUAUUUCAUUGAUAAUAUGGUUCUUGAACCCAAAGAGAUUGAAGGAAGGAAGAAAUCUUUUUCUGUCUUGUGUUCUCCAUUGGAAAAACUAUUGAAAGAUAUGGAUAACAUUCAUCAUGAAGAUAUUAGAAGCUUCACAUUUAUCCCAGUUGGUGGUAAUUGGAAGCGAGGUGCUUUUGACAAAGACUGUUGUGUCUAUUUGAUGAUGUUUAUGAUGGUCUUUCAUGGUGUUGAAACUAUACAAGAUGGUGUUGGGAUUUUUGACUUUGAUCCCUUGGCAGAUGAAGAUUUCAGGAAGUUUCUCAGAGCUUGUUUGUGUAGCACCAUUAUGUUGUCAAAUUUGAAUGUUUACAGGGAUGAAUUUCUAAAACAAAUGGUUGCAUUUAGGGGAAACAGGAAACAAAAUGUUUUGGAUGCCUUAAUUAAACAAAGGGAAGAGUUGACGCAGAAAUACAUGAAUGACCCUUCAAAAAUUGAAAUUGUUGCAAAAAAUAGUUCAACAAGGAAAUCCAAAUAUGUUGAAACAGAAGAUGAAGCUGAGACAGAUGUCAAUGUUGAAUAG